GUUGCUUCACAGAAUUCACAGCCUGCCGCAGAGUUAGUCCUUGCCUCAGCAUGAGAUGAAGAAACCGAGGCUCCAAGAGGUUUGAUGACUUGCCCUGGCCUCCUGGCUAGCAUCGGAGGUCCUCCUCGGCUAGGGCCCCGGGCCCCAGGCCCUUACGCAUGCGCACUCUCGCCCCCGCUUUCUCCUCCCUUCGCUUCCCCUGCCUCCAUUCCGCGCCCUUUCCGGACUUGGCCCCGCCUCGCCGCCAGCCGAGACCACGCCCCACGAAGCAGUUCCGGUUCGGGCGGGCGCAGCCGCGGGCGCUGCCGCGGGCGCUGCGGUGCCCAAAGCCCCAGUGUGAUGCUCACGCUGAGCCGCCCCUGGGUCGCCAGCUCCGCCCUCGCUCCUGUCCCCGCCCCCGCCAGAGGCCCCCGGCCCCGACUCAGCUCUGAGGGGCGGCCAGGACAGCGACUGUGA